ACUAUUUAAACACUCCAGCAAAAGCUCUCACAUUUUCACUUUGUGGAGGUCCUUGACUGCUUCACUUUCUCAUUCUUGGAAUGAAUUUGGAUAUGACUUUUGAUGACCUCAAGAGCAAGAUUAUGAAGGACCAACCUGAUCAGAAGGCAAAUGGAGAGAAAGCUAAAGGUCCUCGUUUGCUUUCUUCCUGGUGGUGGUGCCCUGUGGCUGUGACUCUAGGGAUCCUUUGUCUGGGUUUGCUGGUGGCCGUUAUAAUGCUGAUAAUGCAAUUAUCCCAGGUGUCUGAUCUUCUAAAGGAACAGCAAGCAAAUCUGACUCACCAGGAAAAUAUACUGGAGGGACAGAUGUUGGCCCAGAAGCAAGAAGAAAAAGCUUGCCGUGAACAACAGAGGGAACUCAAGGAAACGGUUGAAACACUUGCCCAGAAGCUGGAAGAGAAAUCCAAACAACAAAUGGAACUUUAUCAGCAGAACCUGAAUCUCCAAGAAGUUCUGAAGAAAGCAGCAAAUUUUUCAGGUCCUUGUCCCCAAGACUGGCUCUGGCAUGAAAAAAACUGCUACUUCUUUCCCACUGACCCACUUAACUGGGAAAAAAGCCAGGAGAACUGCUUGUCUUUGGAUGCCCAGAUGCUGAUAAUUAAUAGCACAUCUGAUCUGGAAUUCAUCAAGCAAGCAAGUGCUCAUUCCAAUUUCCCGUUCUGGACAGGGUUGUCUCGGAGGAAAGCAAGCUACUUCUGGCUCUGGGAGGAUGGUUCUCCUUUGAUGCCCCACGUGUUUAGGAUCCAGGGAGCUGUUUCCCAGAAACAUCCUUCAGACACUUGUGCCUAUCUACAAAGGGGAACUGUUUUUGCUGACAACUGCAUUUUAACUGCGUACAGUAUAUGUCAGAAGAAGGCCAAUCUCAUUGAGAGCACAGUGACUUUGAAGGCUCUGGAAGAAAUGGAGGAGCCGGUCUUUGAACUCUUUUCUGGAAUUUAAGCUAUUCUUCCUCACCUGGUGCAAACCACGAGAGCCCUGAGAACAGGUGUUGGGAGACCAUAGAGCUUCUUAGCAGAACGUGGGGCUCCAGCUGCCAGACACCUUUAUGUCAAACGUUUUGAUUCUAUCUCUGUCUACAUUUUUUUUUUUACCUAGCUUGUCUAAAGCUUCCCAGCCAAACUUUGGUCCCUCUUUCCUUGUUUAUUUUAAUGUUUUGCUCCUUUCCAAGCCUUGGGAACCCCUUCUACCUCAGUGCCAUCUUCCCCUCACCCUUCAAAAACUGCAGAGAAGAAAGACAAGGGAGGAGUUGCCCAACCGCAAUAGAGGGGGAAAAAAGGAAGCAUGUACGGGAAACAGCACAUGAACAAGUAGAAAAGAGGAAAGGCCAUGCUGCAAUCAAGAAGCUCAUGUGCUCAAUGUCAAAAGCUACCACUUGUUGGUCUUUGAAAUCGGGUCUCUCUCCAGGCUUUCCAUGUACACACACACACACACACACACACACACACACACAUUAUCUUCACAUUUUGGUGCCAUUGGGGUGUCCUGGGAAAUACUUCCAUAUCUGAUGGUCUUUUCUAUAAACUAGUUUACAAUUAAUUAGGUCAUUUCUUCAUCUUUUCUCUACCAAAAAACUACUUACUGCAUUUAAUUUUUCCAAUCAGUAUUUGUUAGAUUUGUGGGGUGGGUGCCCCAGAAGGAAAAAAAAGUUAAUCCCCCCCCCAAAGUACAUAACUUUUAUAGAUAAACUCUUCUCAAUCGGUUUCACUGUGGUAUAGUGCAGAAACAUAUAGGACCAAAAAUAAUGGCACUCAAGUGUAGAACAAACCGAGUUAGGCAUAGAAAUAUAAUCGAAUAGGAACACAUGGAAUUGGAAAUAUGUCUUCUGUUUUCAGUGCACAUAUUUCAAACCCACAAUCAACAAGUUUUUGCUUCUGUAAACAUGUUCCCUUGAAAUCAUCACUACAAACAGGACAGUGAGCAUUUCCAUCACCCAUCAAAGUUUCACCAUGCUCCUCCUCAACAGCUCUUCCCCAGGCAACUACCGGUCCAAUCUCAGGGGGAAUUUUGUAGUGCAUUAUAUGAAUGAAAUCAUACAGUAUGCCUUUUUUUCUCUAGCUACCUUUACUUAGCAUAACUAUUUUAAGAGCCAUCUAUCUUGUCGUUUGUAUCAGUGUUUCAUUCCUUUUAAAUGUUGAAUAUUAUUCUUGUGUGUGAAUAGACCACAAUUUGUCUAUCCAUUUACCUGUUGAUACCAUUUGGAUUCUUGAAAAGAACUACUAGAAAUAAAGCUGCUAUGAACAUUUGUGUAUAAGUGUUUGUAUGAACAGGAUUUCUCUUCUCCUGAGUAAAUAUUUACGAGUGUAAAGUCUGAAUCAUUCAGUGGGUGUUUGUUUAGCUAAAGAGACUGCCACACUGUUUUCCAAAGUUGUAUUAUGUUGCAUUUCUACCAGCAGUGUUCUCAUGUUCCCAUUCCCCUGCAUCAUGGUCUAUACUUGGUAUGAUCAGUCUUGCAGUUUUAACUCUUCUAAUAGGUACACAGUGGUGUAUCAUUUUAGCUUUACUUUGCAUUUCCUAAAUGGAGAAUGAUUUUUUAGCGUCUUCUUUUGUGUUUAUUUGUUAAAUGUACAUUUUCUUAGAUAAAAUCACCUACAAAUUUCUUGAAACAUUUUUAUAAGAUUUUACUUAUUUUAUUUUUAGAUGGAAUGGGAAGGGAGGGAGAAAGAGAGGGAGAGAAACAUCAAUGUGUGGUUGCCUCUAGCAUGUCCUUCACUGGGAACCUGGCCUGCAACCCAGGCAUGUGCCCUGACUGGGAAUCACACUGGUGACCCUUUGGUUUCCAGGCUGGCACUCAUACCACUGAGCCACACCAGCCAGGGCAAAUUUCUUGAAAAUUCUUAUUUCAGUUAUUUUUUUCUUAUAUAUUGAGUCUCAAAAGCUCUUUCUGUUCUAGAUAAAAGUCCUUUAUCAGCUAUUGUUCUGAUUGUCUUUUCAGUUUAUGACUUGUUUUUUGUUUUUUGAACAGUUCUCAGAAAAGCAAAAGUUUUAAACUUUAAUGAAGUCCAUUUUCAUGUUUCUACUGUUCUUUCUAAAAGUUUGUUGCCUAACUUAAGGCCACAGAAUUUUUCUCUUAUGUUUUCUUCUAGAAAUUUUAUUUUACUUUUUCUGUAAAGAUUUUAUUUAUUUUUUAGAGAGAGGAGGAGGGAGGGAGAAAGAAAGAGAGAGAAACAUCAAUGUGCAAGAGAAACAUUGAUCAAUUGCUUCUUGCAUGUCCCCAAUGCAGGACCUGGUCCACAACCUGGGUAUGUGCUCUGGGUAUGAACCAGUGACCUUUGGGUUCACAGGCCCGUGCUCAACCCACUGAACCACACCACCCAGGCCUUCUUCUAGAAAUUUUAUAGUUUCAUAUUUUACAUAAAAAUCUGAUACUAAUUUGGUUUUUUUGUGAGUUAUGUAUCAAAGUUUUUUUUCUUAUGGAUAGUCAAUUAUUUUAGCAACAUUUGCUGAAAAGAAUGUUUGUUUUUCACUACAUUGCCUUUUCAUUUUGCCAGCAAUCAGUUAUCCAUAUUCGCAUGGGUCUAUUUCUGGACUUGGUUCUGUUCUAUUGACCAACUUGUACAUUUUUACACUACCAUCCUAUUUGGAAUCCUGCAGUUUUUUAAUAUAUCUUAAAAUAACAGUGCUAGUCUAACUUUUUUCAAACUUGUCUUGACUUAUCUAGG